AGGUGGAUCAGUGCGAGUCGUGUUGGAAUAUCAUAAUCACAUAGAAGGUAUACGUACAUUUGCGUUAACUCAAAUUGCCGUGAACAAAAAGAUCUGAAUUUGAAAACAAAAAAACCCCAGCGGUUGAAUAAACGCAAUAAAGUCAUCGUUCGAAAUUAGAAACGGAAAAACGGGGCGUACGUAAAAGUCGCCCGUUAGAACGUGAACUAGAAAUUUACAAGCGAAUUUAGCGAAGAAAAGAAGCAGACGGCGGGCCGAAGACAGCUGUAUACGGCAGAGACAGUGGUUGCACCGAAAAGUCGGCGUGGUGUCAUGAGAGGCGGUCUCACAAUCCGCCCUUCUUAUCGGUCCCUCUUAGAGUCAUGCAUGUCGCGCCCUUCAAACGAGCUACCGUGGGACAUGAUCCACAAACGAGUAACGGCAAUCAAUCGCAACAGCAGUUACAAAGCGGUGGAUGGAAUGGAAUUCCUGAAACAACAUUGGUUUCUCGAUCGAUCAGAAGCAACGGCUGGAACCCAAUUACGACGCCAUCCCAGCAACAAGAACAACAACAGCUACACGAACGGAAACAGAAAGGAGUUAAAUCUGGGAAUCUGGGAGAUGAUGAAGACGGGGGUGGAGGGGGUGGAGGGUUGGAGGGGACGGACCCAGAGGAGAACAACUCUGUUCACCUCAAGAGACGGGUGGGACUCGUCAGUGGGGUGGCUCUAAUCGUUGGUACCAUGAUAGGUUCUGGGAUAUUCGUUUCGCCGUCAGGGCUUUUGGUUCGAACCGGCAGUAUCGGAAUCAGCUUCCUCGUAUGGACGGCCUGCGGCUUGUUGAGUCUAUGCGGUGCGUUAGCAUACGCCGAACUGGGUACGAUGAAUACGAGCAGCGGCGCUGAGUACGCUUACUUUAUGGACGCAUUCGGUGCACCACCUGCUUUCCUCUUCUCGUGGGUUUCCACGUUGGUUUUAAAACCGUCUCAAAUGGCAAUAAUCUGUUUGUCGUUCGCGCAGUACGCGGUUGAGGCCUUUGCAGCCGACUGCGAUCCACCCGAGGAAGUCGUCAAAAUCGUUGCGCUCCUGGCAAUUAUACUUAUACUGUUAGUAAACUGUUACAGCGUUAAUCUGGCCACAGGUGUACAAAACGCGUUUACCGCAGCAAAAUUGAUCGCCAUACUUGUUGUAAUUGCCGGUGGCUCUUAUAAGUUGAUACAGGGUAAUACGCAACAUCUCAAAGGCGCUUUCAAUACGAUGGAUGGUGGUACUGUUAAUGUAGGCAGAUUAGCUACAGCUUUUUAUACUGGUUUAUGGGCAUACGAUGGAUGGAAUAAUCUCAAUUAUGUCACUGAAGAAAUCAAAGAUCCUUCGAAAAAUCUGCCACGUUCCAUUAUGAUUGGUAUACCCCUUGUCACCCUAUGUUACGCAUUAAUAAACGUUUCCUACCUAGCCGUGAUGUCACCUUCGGAGAUGAUCGAAAGCGAAGCUGUUGCAGUAACUUUCGGAAAUCGGAUUCUGGGUGUUAUGUCAUGGCUUAUGCCGCUUUCGGUUGCAAUCAGCACGUUUGGUUCCGCAAAUGGUACCCUAUUUGCAGCAGGUAGACUCUGUUUCGCUGCGUCCCGAGAAGGCCAUUUACUUGAUUGCCUCAGUUACGUACAUGUACGACGUUUUACUCCUGCACCGGGACUUAUCUUUCACUCGCUCGUUGCAGGAGCAAUGGUACUAUCCGGAAAUAUUGAUUCCUUGAUCGAUUUUUUUUCGUUCACUGCUUGGAUAUUUUACGGCGGAGCAAUGUUAGCUCUAUUGGUGAUGCGAAGGACCAGACCGAAUCAUCCACGACCAUAUAAAUGUCCGUUGAUAAUACCUGUUUUCGUACUUGGAAUUUCUGCGUACCUGAUUGUAGCACCGAUCAUUGAUAAACCUCAAAUCGAGUAUUUAUAUGCGGCUGGGUUCAUUUUAGCGGGCAUGCUUGUCUACCUCCCGUUUGUUAAAUACGGAUAUGUGCCCAAAUUUAUGGAAGGAGUGAAUGCUUUCCUUCAAAUGUUACUUGAGGUUGCACCAACGGCUGCAGCCUUCGAUUAAUCUUGAUCAGCUAAAAAAGCAUGAUUCUUUAAAUGCCAAAUCAUUCCAUUGUGGCAUAGUGAAUAUAAUAUGAAUAUCUAUUUUAAAUAUGAAUAGAUAAAGAUAUGUAUCCUCUUAUUGAAGCUCAAGGCUGGCCCAAAUGAAUUCACAAAUAUAUA